AUGGAUCAAUCGUCGCCCACCACCCGCCCACGGACAACCUCUCGCGCCUUCAGUCACAAGUCCGACCACAGUCGCAGCAGCAAGCACGAGGUUUUGGUUGACAACCCUGUCGAGAAGCAGCGCCGCGAUAGCUUCUGGAAGGGCGGGUCCAAGGCCAACCCAAAUGCUGCCAUCAACGAAGCCCAGCCUGGAGGUGUCUUUCCCGUCACCCCCGCUGACCCCAACAAAGAUGCCGCCGUCUUGGAGAAGUCGACCCUCGAGUCGCUCCGCCACGUCCAACAUAAAGAUAGUAAUGGUAAUGUAAUCACCGAACCCGAUCUUUCGAAUCCUACUCGCCCUCGCUGGGAAAGACCUCUCGAUACCAUCAGAUCAUUUGAAAGAGCCAUUGAUGGUGGAUACAAGCGUCGUUCCGUUAGCAGAUCUGAAAGCUACACUUAUAACAACAACGACCAGAGCCGUAGAAGCAGCUACUAUGGUGGCAACAACUACGAGAACGGCUCACAAUACGGCGGCGGUCACUACGCGUCGCGUCGUCAGGACGGUUACUCUGAUGCCGGUGUCCCUGGAGCACCCUCCAGCCGUAACCAAUAUCAGAGACGCAUGAACUCGAGUCGCUCCAACAGCGCAUACGGAUUCUACCCUCAGCAUGGUUACAACGACUCGUACGAGGCAAACGGCCACCACAGCGACAGUACCGGACCCUGGGCCAACUCGACAGACCCCAGCAGCGAGAACAGCUCCCUUGACCGCGCCAAUGGCGUCCCUAAGCAGACUGACCCUUACGGUCACGAUAUCUACAAUGGACCUCCGAUCAUGGAGGAGUAUGCUAGCGACUCGGAUGGAGGUUACGGAAUGUCCUACGGCCACAGAAACGGAGCACCGGGUGGAAACCCAGCUGCACACUCCCAGGCGCCUCCUGUCCGCGCACCCAUCAAGCUCAGCGGUGGCGACAACGCGUUGGCCUCCCAGGGUGGAAGCCUGCCACCUACCACACGACCUGUCGCAACAAAAGAGGAGAAGAAGAAGGGUUUCUUCAAGAAGCGAUUCAGCAAGGGUUGA